AUGCCUUUGCCAAAUUCUCUUUCCCAACGCCCCCCUAUCCCCACUCCAAGCGAGGGCACCAAAAACACCACCUCGUCAACCCCCAAACUCGACGAAAAAGCAGACGACAAAUCUCCUCCUGCCCCAAUACCCUCAACCGAUCCCGAUCGCCGCUUCUCCUCUAUCUCCCCCACCACUCUAAUCCCCACAAGUACCACUCCCCCCCCAAACCUCACCGCAGAAGCCCUCCUCGCACUAACCUCCCAACCCCUCAGUCACGGCGCAGCCUGGAGCUCUGCUCCUACCCCACGAGCACGAUUCCUCCCACAAGCCACCGAAGUAAUCUACACCUGCUCUUAUGGUGGUGAAGUCUACCCCCAAACUGCUCGCCAAAUAGCUAGGGCUAAAUGCUGGAUAUCGAGGCGCAAAAAUAGGGAAAACUUCAAGAGAAUUGAAGCAAAGGAAGAGCAUUUGGCGCAGCAGAGAGAAAGAGAACGAUGGUUUAAGCCGGCGAAGAAAAUUGAGUACUUGGACGAGGAGGGUGUAAAGCCCUGGGCUAUUUUUGAGAAGAAAAAGUGGCAUCGAUAUUGA